AACAUUUAACGCAUGGGUCCGGCCUUUAUUUCAUUAUAAUCUUUACGAACACAUUGUCCACUAGAUGGCAAUGUAAGCACGGUCGUCGUGUAUAUUUGUGACGGCUGAGGAGAAGGUUUUGAAUUGUACUUUAACUGUGAGCUAUUGUUAAUGGUUUGUAAUACACUUAAUAAUUACAACUUAAUUCGAACGUUAACUAAUUUGUUAGUCAUAUUUCACUGCUGUAUUUUAACUUGUUCUUAAUGUUUUAUGUUUUAUUGUUUUUUAAUGCUGUGUUGUUAUCUUUGUAUUCACUGUAAGGUGUCCUUGGGUGACAGAAAGGCGCCUAUGAAAUAAAAUGUAUUAUUAUUAUUAUUAUUAUUAUUAUCCCUCUAAUGAAGGGAUGCCCAAUGAGUAGAUCUAGAUCUACCAGUAGAUCGCAGAGGGAGUGCUGGUAGAUCAUGAGCAACUAAAAUAAAAUUAAAAAAAACAAAUAAAAUUAUAUAGUGUGUAAUAGUGACCAUAUAUUGUAAGAAUUGAACCAUUUGUGCUAAAGUGCUUCAUGCAUUUAAUCAGUAACCAAAUAUAUUAUAUGGCGCUACAAGGUGGUGUGGUUAAUGCUGUUUCCUUACAGCAUGGUUCAUUCUCAGCUAAUGAGUAUACCAGCUGCUCAAUGAACGAGUCAGACAGGUACACAGACUCCGUUUACUUAAGCCAGGUUUAAAGCUGUAACAUUACCCCUGUUUAGCAAAAUUAUAAUUCCUACUAAACUCAAUAACAACGGCUUCGUCCAGAUGUGCGCCCUGAGUUAAAACGUCAUUGUGCGUCAUCCUUUACAUGGUACUGACUCGUUUAUAUUCUCUUCCACGUCUUCCAUCUUCGUUUUUAGGACGGAUACAGCUCAGUGUCCUGUGAGUAAUGACGUGUGAGGUCGUGAUCACCGACUGAUGUGCAUCACGGCUGCGCAUGCGCGCUGCAGACCUAACGUCACGCUCUUUGGCCCAUAUAUGAAGACAUUGAAAAUUGCAGAGCAUAAAUGUUACCUACUUCCGGGUUCGCUUUAAACUGCAACUACUUUCAGUUGUCUUCCUUCUUUGACAGCUAGACGUUGUCCGCUUGUGGUUUCAUUGUUAGCUUUUUUAUCAGGUCACAUUUUAGAAGAGAUUGUUUUUUUUAAAUAAGAAGUACAAUUGUUGUUAUUAUUAUAAUUUCAUGAUGAAGUUUUACCGCAAUAGUUAACAGAUCCUGCGCUUGAUUCAGGAUGGUGCAUACGAAAAUACUGUCGCUUGUUCUAAAAGUAAAUAGUUUUGGGGCUAUAAUAUACACCGUUCAUAUGGAAAAAUAUUCCCCCGAAGCACGUGGGAAUUAGAAUUGGUGUCUAGGGAUCAUGAAGAUACAAAUGGGUUUAGGCUGCUGGUUGGAAACUUUACAUUUAACUGAACAUGUAAUAUCAACAAUGGCUGUCAGGGAGUCAUCUUGGCAUAUAAACACUCUCUGAAGGUAGAGUUAGCGGAUUUAGCUCCACACGUCUGUGUCGAACCACCGUCUCCUGUCAUUUUCUUUAGAAAUGUUGCAAUUUUGUUUAAAGCCAGAGUCGGCGCACUGUCCGCGCGUAAGGACAUGAGCGUCGGGGCAAAACAUUGGAGUUUGUUGACAGCUAUCCGCUCCUUCUCUCGCACUUCGGCUCAUUAGCAUCUGUGUUCGGCAGCAGUGAUGUUCCAGGAGGAGAGUGAGCUCCGCACAGACGACGACCGCGGCUCCCGGGAGGAGUGGACGCUGCUUCUGUGGACCUCUGUGGCCGUCAUCGUCCCGGUGCUCAUCACGCUGUGGUGCAGCUCCCAGCGCUCUAAACGGAAGACGCAUAUAAAGGGUUUCUUUCGCAAAAGCAAGCACUGCUGGCAGUACACGGACCUGUUCAACAAACCCACCUACUGCUGCGUCUGCUCACAGCACAUCCUGAACGGAGCCUUCUGCGAUUGCUGCGGCGUAUGUGCCGACGAAGAGUGCCUCCCCCGGGCAGACCGCUAUCUACCCUGCAAAGAGAUCAUGGCUCCGUGGAGGCCCGACGGAGCCGUGGAGCACCGCUGGGUGCGAGGAAACGUGCCCCUGGCCAGUUACUGCACAGUGUGUAAACAACAGUGUGGAACGCAGCCCAAACUCUGUGAUUUCAGGUGUGUUUGGUGUCAGACCACAGUUCAUGACGACUGUAUGGACAGCCUGACAGAUGAAGACCUGUGUGACCUGGGCGAGUUCCGCAGCCUCAUCAUCCCUCCGCAGUACCUCUACCGUGUCAACAAACUUCGCCGCCGGAACCCAGAAGAGUUCAUCAAGCUGGCGUCUUCCUGCAGCAGGAGUUGGACUCCAGUGUUGGUCCUGGCCAACACCCGUAGCGGCAACAACAUGGGGGAGGCUCUGCUGGGGGAAUUUCGUACCCUGCUCAACCCAGUCCAGGUGUUCGACCUGUCAGAACUGACUCCUGCCAAAGCCCUGCAGCUUUGCACACUACUGCCCCCUGGCAGUGUCAGGGUGCUGGUGUGUGGCGGUGAUGGCACUGUAGGAUGGGUGCUGGAUGCCAUAGACACCAUGAAGCUAAAGGACCAGGACCAGUUCGUCCCCUGGGUGACUAUCCUACCACUGGGAACAGGAAAUGACCUGUCCAACACUCUGGGCUGGGGAGCUGGAUACGCCGGGGAGAUCCCUGUGGAACAGGUUCUCCGGAACAUUCUGGACGCUGAGGUGGUCAAAAUGGACAGGUGGAAAGUGCAGGUGGCUUCAAAAGGAGCCCUUUUUCGGAAACCAAAGGUUCUGUCCAUGAACAACUACUUCUCUGUGGGGCCUGACGCUCUGAUGGCACUAAACUUCCACGCCCACCGUGAGAAAACGCCUUCCUUCUUCUCCAGCCGCAUCAUCAACAAGGUGGUUUACUUCCUGUAUGGCACCAAAGACUGUUUAGUGCAGGAAUGUAAGGAUCUGGACAAGAGGAUUGAGUUGGAGUUGGAUGGUGAGAGGGUGGAGCUGCCCAGUCUGGAGGGCAUCAUAGUCUGUAACAUCGGUUACUGGGGUGGGGGCUGCAGACUCUGGGAAGGUGUGGGGGAUGAACCGUGCCCCCCAACUCGCCUGGACGACGGCCUGCUGGAGGUGGUGGGGGUGUACGGCUCCUUCCACUGCGCACAGAUCCAGGUCAAGCUGGCAAACCCUGUCCGCCUGGGGCAAGCUCACACUGUCAGGCUGCUCCUGAAGAGCUCCAAGAUGCCCAUGCAGGUGGACGGGGAGCCGUGGGCCCAGGGUCCCUGCACCAUCACCAUCACCCACAAGACCCAGGUCCUGAUGCUGUACCACAGCGCGGAGCAGACGGAUGACGAGGACAGCAGCGCCUCAGAGACGGAGAGCGCCACCCCUCACGACUCACCCAGACCUCCGGGGGCGUCAUCCGCUCGGGCCUGACCCCUUCCUCCUGCCCCCCCCCACCCACCAGCAGAGGUUCUGUGUGUUUUGAGGCUUUUUCCUCUGCAGUCUUCUGCUCUGUCUUCACGUCACGUUGAUGAGGUGUUUUAUUUCACGUCUUCUCACAGGGGGUCACAGUUUUGAGAUUGUUUUUGUUUGACGUUUUGAUGCACGUACACAUUCAAUGUAGAGCAGAAUAUUUGACACUUCCUGUUCAAGGACAGAAGAACGUCCUGGGGAAAGAAAGUCUGCCGUUCCUUUGCACUGAUGCCUCGUGCCAUAGAAGUCUGUAGUCAGCUCUGCUGCAGUUACUCAUCUCUACUGUAUGAUGGGAUGUCCAGUGCAGCCAUGUGGGGUCACACUGAGCUGCUGCUAAAGCACCAACAGCACAGAGUUUCUGCUGUCAUGUUCAUCAGUUGGUCAGGUUCGUCUUUAACCUUUCAUCACAUAAAAUAAACUAGGAGGCAGGAUCUUAACCAUUAUUGAGUCACUUCACCUGUCAAUCAAAAGUCUGACUCAUCAUAUUCAGCUCUUAAACACUGGACUUCUGGAACUAGAGACAGUUCUGGGACAUUCACUGGGUUUGAGCAGGUCUGGAUGCAGAUUUUUGUUUUUAAACUUUCAGUUCCAUCCACACCUGCCCAAGAGGCACGGAGAUACUGAGAGAAUCUGUGGUGGGAAAAAGAAACAGUUUCAUACAAUUUACUUCUCACGUUUUGCAUUGUUAUUGUUAUCGUUGACUGUUGUCAACCAUACAUUUAAGUACAAUUAUCUGAAGGUGUUCAAAUCUGGAUGGAGGACCUGAGGUCAGCUCAAGGUCAAGGCCUUUCUUCCCCUGAAAUUCAGAUAAACCCCCAUUUUUUAAAUUGCAUUAAUUUGCAAUUAUUUAUAAAUACCCAGCUGGUGUUGUUGACACCUAUUCAUUAGCACUUGCAUUACGAAAAGAUAAGACCUUAUUGAUCAAACACCAGGGAAAUUCUGUUGUUGCAGCAGCAGAGUAGACACAUAGUAGGUGGUAAAAUAAUAAUAAUACAUUGAAAAACUUGAUUUGUAUGAAUAAUUAUUAACAGCUUUGACACCGUGGUUCCUCUGGGUUAAACAGUCUGAUGUCUGAUUGGACAGUACUGUGGCUGCAGGAGCCUGCUGCUGAGAGAGCUGCUCAGCGCUCCCACAGUGUUGUACAGAGGGUGAGAGGGUUGGUUGAUGAUGGGUUUUAGCUGGGCUCUCACCCACGUCCUCCAGAGUCUCCAUGGGACAGUUCAGGACUGAGCUGGCUCUCCUAACCAGCUUCUUCAGUUGAUUUCUGUCCUGAACAGUUGAUCCACUCCCCCGGCAGAUGAGGACGUAGAAUAACAGAGUAAUAGUUGAAGAGGAACACUGGGCUGAAGACUGAUGUAUUUGAGGUUCCAUAAAACUCCGCGUCCUGUCUUUUACCACGUGGUGUAGAUUUUAAGAGGACUGUUUUUUUGCUUUGUUUUUAAAACAGACGCAGCCCUACAUUGCCCUCUGCUGGAUUGUAUAGAAAUUAAGUCUUUCCUCCCCCCAAAAAUGACUUUUCUACCCCAGCUCUACAUUGUGAAACUAAAUGAACUUUUCUUUAGAAGCCACUGCAGACAGUCAGACUUGAACCCACAUUUAAUUUUUUAGCGUGCUGUCAUGUGACUACACCUCCGUACACACCCUCUCCCUAUUUCAGCAUACUGUAUUUUGUUGGCACUGAUUAAUAACUUACACUGCAUAGAUGUUAGUUUACACAAGAGAGUGAAGAAGAGACAGGAACUGCUGAGGACGUCAUAAUGCUUUUUCAAAAUAUUUUAUGAGAUCACAAUAUUUCUGUAUAUUGCGUUGUGUUAUGCGACAUGUCACCAGUGGGUGGCAGACUGGUGAUGACUUCAAAGUCUCUUUCUCUGUUGGUUGCUGUUCAGGUGUUUGUUGUUUUUGUUUAGUUUUCCUUAUAAGGUGAGUCUGUUUUAGAGCAGGAUUCCUGGUUCUCUCAGCCAUAAAACAAGAGAUUCUCUGAAAUGCUUCGUCACAAUCUGGAGAACCUGGAGUGAACUCUGACCUGGAACCAGGUUUCACAGUUGGUGUGUUCACCUGUUGUCGUCACUGUUGUUCUCAGUUUGUCCGUGUGUUGUGUCCGACGUUCUUACGACUGUUUGUUUUAUUCCUGUUGUUGCACUGAAUUUACUUUAAGCUUAUUUAGGUUUGUUGCACAGAUGGGUCUAAGAUAAGAUCUUGGCCACCUUU